UCUUUUAAAUCAUUACUGCAUCGAUAACAUGCAUAUUCAUGCAUUGUUUAAACACGGAAAUUGAAAUGGAAACGUGAUAGUCUUGCUGCACGGGUAAGAGGCGAUGAUUAUAAGCACAGAAAGGAAAAGGCUGCGUCCUUCCAAAUUUGCUCCCUGGCCAGUCAAGCUGCUCACCUUGGCGCCGGUGGAGUUAACUUUGUCUCCAGGAGACGGCGGUGGGCGGAGACAAAAGCUCCCUUUUUAUAGACCCUAGUUUCUAGCUCUACCUGAGGAGAGGAACCACCCCGCACUCCCAAGCCUGCCUUCAGUCAAAGGGGUGGGGAGUGAAAUGGACAAAAACCCCAGCGGGGAGGGCACGCUCUGCAUCACAGCCCUGCCAAGACUCCGUUGGGAGGGGGAUUCCCUCCUGGAUUCAUUUCAAGGCACUUUUAAAAAGUAUUUCCCUUGUUAAUUUAUAAUGAGGUGUUUUUAACUCCUCCAGUCGAUAACAGCGGGCCACUGUCCUGACUCCACUCCGGCUGGGGAACUGGACUAGAAGAGAUGUUUGGAGGGCUGUACCUUGCAUUGGGAAAGGUAGCUCUGUCCCAGGCUCUGCGCUCUCUCAACGAGCCUCUGUGGCUUUAAGGAGCGAUACAUUUUCCAGUCUGUGUCGCAGCAACUUUGUAUCAGUCAUGUCGCCCGCCCGUUGAUUGAAACGGCUUUCGUCCAAUGAGAAACCCUCCUGAGCCCAAUAGCGCUUCUCUUCUCUUUCCGUCUGCCAGUAGAGGCAACUGAAGGGCGGGAUAUUAACUUGAACUUUAUCUGAGCAUGUGACAUAUUUUUAAAAGGACUUGGCACCUUUUUUUUUUGUUUCUUCGUGUGCCCUGCUCAGUGUCAUUGGGCGACGUAGCGAACUUCUGGUUAAGAGGGAAGCCAGCGGAUUUACCUGCUGGCGAAUAGUUAUUUCUUGUUCUAAUGUAAAACCAUCUGCAUUUUCUGGCCUGGAUGUUGGAUUUAGUUAUGGAGACAAAAGGAUACUACAGUUACCCAGAAGGCUUAGACAUGGAGAAACGGUGGGGUCAAGUUUCUCAGUCUGUGGAGUAUUCUUCAGGUGCUGGAGAACGGACUGAUGAGAGUAACUAUAUGGAGAUUGUAAACGUAAGCUGUGUAUCGGGUGCUUUUCCAAACAGCAAUGCUCAAGGAAACAGCAAAGAAAAACCUGAACUACUCCCUAGCCUGCAGCAAGAUAAUAAUCAGCCUGGUAUUUUAAACUCUGACAUAAAGAGUGAGUCAGACUCAAAGGAACUUUCAGCAACUGUUGCUGAAUCUAUGGGUUUAUACAUGGAUUCCAUACGAGAUGCUGAUUAUACCUACGAUCAGCAAAAUCAACAAGGGAGCAUAAGUCCUGGGAAGACUUAUCAAAAUGUUGAGCAGCUGGUAAAGUUCUAUAAGGAAAAUGGCCAUUGUGCCUCUCCCUUAAACAGUGCAAAUAGGCCCUUAAGAUCUUUGAUAUCAGACUCUGAAAGUUCUGUGAAUGGUGGUCUCAUGCACGCUAUUGUCAAAAGCCCUAUAAUGUGUCCUGAGAGAACUCCUUCUGGCAGUAGUCCUCAGAACAUGACUCCUUCAGUUUGUAGCCCAGCUGGCAUUAACUGUGUAUCCUCAACUACUUCUACUAAUUUUGUAAAUUUUCCAGUGCACAGCCCAGUCAGCCAGGGAACUCCUUUGUCAUGCUCACCUAACAUUGAAAACCGGAGCUCUAGGUUGCACAGUCCUGCACAUAUUAGUAAUGUGGGAUCUCCUCUUGCUAGUCCUAUAAGUAGCAUGAAAUCACCAAUUUCAAGCCCUCCUAGUCACUGCAGUGUGAAAUCUCCAGUCUCAAGUCCUAAUAAUAUCACUAUGAGAUCUUCUGUCUCCAGUCCUGCAAAUAUGAACUCAAGGUGCUCUAUUGCCAGCCCUUCCAAUACAAAUAAUAGGUCCAGUCUUUCUAGUCCAGCUGUUAGCACUGUGGGAUCUUCUAUCUGUAGCCCAGUAAACAAUGCCCUAGGCUUCCCUGCUUCUGGUGCACCUGCUGGACCUAACACAGGCCAAGAUACUAUUCCUAGUCCAGAAACAAAAGACAAAGGUGCUCAAGAAAUCACAUUUCCUAAAAUGGAGGAAAUGGAGAAUGCCAUCUCAAACAAUUGUGUAGCUGGUCAGAUGAAUCUUGUUCAGUUUAUAAAGCCUGACCCAGAUGGAGCAUUCGGUAGCUCAUGUAUUGGAGAAAAUAGUAAAAUCAACUCUGAUUCCCCAUUUUCAGUACCAGUAAAACAGGAAUCAGCUAAACAUUCUUGUUCUGGUGCCUCUUUUAAAGGGAAUCAAGCAGUAAAUCCAUUUCCAUUUAUGGAUGGUUCAUAUUUUUCUUUUAUGGACGACAAAGACUAUUAUUCUCUUUCUGGGAUUUUAGGACCACCUGUUUCAUCAUUUGAUGGCAAUUGUGAAGGUAGUGGGUUUCCAAAUCCAGGCCUACCUGUGGGUAUUAAACAGGAGCCUGAUGAUGGCAGCUAUUAUCAAGAGAACAGUAUGCCAUCGUCUGCCAUUGUUGGUGUGAAUUCAGGUGGACAAUCAUUUCACUACAGGAUUGGAGCUCAAGGCACAAUAUCUCUAUCACGAACUGUUGCUAGAGAGCAGACUUUUCAGCAUGUGAGCUCAUUUCCUCCAGUCAGUACGCUAGUUGAGACAUGGAAAUCACAUACUGACUUAGCGUCCAGAAGACAUGAUGGGUAUCCAGUUUUAGAAUACAUUCCAGAAAAUGUGUCAAGCUCCUCUCUUAGAAGUGUAUCAACUGGAUCCUCAAGACCUUCCAAAGUAUGUCUCGUGUGUGGAGAUGAGGCAUCUGGAUGUCAUUAUGGGGUGGUUACCUGUGGCAGUUGCAAAGUUUUCUUCAAAAGAGCAGUGGAAGGUAAAUGUUCAUGGCAGCACAAUUACCUAUGUGCAGGAAGAAAUGACUGUAUUAUUGAUAAGAUUCGAAGGAAAAACUGCCCAGCUUGCCGAUUACAGAAGUGUCUACAAGCUGGAAUGAAUUUAGGAGCCCGAAAGUCCAAAAAGUUGGGAAAAUUGAAAGGGAUGCAUGAAGAACAGCAACAACAGCAGCAGCAGCAACAGCCACCACCCCAAAGCCCAGAGGAAGGGACUACAUAUAUUGCUCCAGUAAAAGAGCCGUCUGUAAACACAACACUUGUUCCUCACAUGUCUGCUAUUUCACCAGCACUUGCUCCUUCGCCCUCUAUGGUCCUUGAAAGCAUUGAGCCUGAAAUAGUGUAUGCAGGAUAUGAUAAUUCAAAACCAGAUACAGCGGAGCACCUGCUUUCCACUUUAAACCGCCUUGCUGGCAAGCAGAUGGUUCAGGUCGUAAAGUGGGCAAAGAUACUUCCAGGAUUUAGAAACUUGCCUCUCGAGGACCAAAUUACUCUAAUCCAGUACUCAUGGAUGUGUCUAUCAUCAUUUGCCUUGAGCUGGAGAUCAUACAAACAUACAAACAGCCAAUUCCUCUAUUUUGCUCCAGACCUGGUCUUCAAUGAGGAGAGGAUGCGCCAGUCUGCAAUGUUUGAACUGUGCCAGGGAAUGCACCAGAUCAGCCUGCAGUUUGUUCGCCUGCAGAUUAGCUUUGAAGAAUAUACCAUAAUGAAAGUUUUGCUGCUGUUAAGCACAGUUCCCAAGGAUGGCCUCAAAAGCCAAGCUGCAUUUGAAGAAAUGAGGGCAAAUUAUAUCAAAGAACUAAGGAAGAUGGUAACUAAAUGUCCAAGUAACUCUGGACAAAGCUGGCAGCGAUUCUACCAAUUGACUAAGCUUCUGGACUCCAUGCAUGAUCUUGUUAGUGACUUGUUAGAAUUCUGUUUCUACACCUUCCGAGAGUCUCAGGCACUGAAAGUGGAGUUUCCAGCCAUGCUGGUGGAAAUCAUCAGUGACCAGUUACCAAAGGUGGAGUCUGGAAAUGCUAAGGCCCUGUACUUUCACAGGAAGUGAUGGAAAAUGUCUUAAUAGAAGAACUUUGCCUUAAGUUUCCUUGUGUUAUUCCACACCCAUGAAGGACCCAAGAAACCACAUUUUAAAUGUGCUAUUUACACUUGUUCAGCAGCCUCUGACUAGUCUAAAAUCACGUGAAGGGUUUGGAAAACAUUUGAUCUGGAUUUGGCAAGACCUAGAUGUUCGAAAAUUACCCCCUUCCUCCCAACACUUAGAAAAUGUUCCUGUUCCUCUGGAUGAAAAGCCAUAUCUAGUCAAUAACUCUUUGAUUUUGAUAUUUUAACAGAUGGAAGUUUUAAAUAUGCCAUGUAGUUUCUGGUAUUGUUUGCUUGUUUUAAAAGGGUUCAAGGACUAAUACAAACUUUUUAAAGCUUACCCCUUGGUUUGCACAUAAAACGUAAAGUCAAUAUGGGGCAUUAAUAUUCCUUUCUUGUAAAAAUAUAUACAAAAAACCCCUGAAUGUAAAGUAAUAACAGAACAUUUGGUGUGGAAUACUCGUUAUCCCCACCUGCGGCAUUUGUUAUCCUAUGUUAUCCAUCAUAGGUGAUAUACACUGUGUUAAGUGUCCAUUUACUAUUUAAUUAAAAAGGAUAAGAUGUUAAAACAAAUGCCUCAGUUUCAGUUUAUAGUAUCUAUUGUGCUGGCUUUACAAAUAAUUUUUCGCAGUCUUUUGCUGUAUUGUACAUUGCUGUAUGUAUAAAUUGUGAAGGACCUGAAAUAAGGUGUAAGGAGCUUUUGUAAAUGAGAAAAAUCUUUAAUGGUUAAUAGGAUGAACGGGAAAGUAUUUUUGAAAGAAUUCUAUUUUGCUGGAGACUAUUUAAGUACUAUCUUUGUCUAAACAAACAAGGUAUUUUUUUUUUGUAAAGUGAAAUGUUCUGCAUGCAUAAUGAACCGUUUACAGUGUAUUUAAGAAAGGGAAAGCUGUGCCUUUUUUAGCAUCAUAUCUAAUUUACCAUUUUACACUAUCUGUUGUAAAUAACCACACAACCUUUUUCAGUUAUAUUUAAGCCUAUUUUUUGGUACAUUUUUCUCCGUUUUUGUCUACUGCUUGCAAGUAUAUGUGACUUCAGCUCAUUUUAGGAAUACUGCUUCAUAUUUCUGCAGGAAACUACACUAUGUUGUGUUUGCAGCUUUAUGGUGGUUUCAUUUAACAAGAUAUUACUGUCUCUCAAAAGCUUUUGCCAGCUUUAUGAUGUGGUGAGUUUCUGCCCUCUACUCCAGAUUACUCAAGGAGAUAAAAGCAAAUCUUAGGAUGUUAAAUGAUUUUUUUUUCCUUUUUCAAAAUUAAAGUUUCCCAAAUUUGCUGUUAUUCCUUUUAAUAUUGAAUGCAUGUAACCUUUUAAAGGUCCAGUUGUCACCUCUGAUUUAGGAGAGUGAAUUCCGAUUAUGGUUAAGGGAACAUAGAGAUCAUUACAGUAAGUAUACUAGAUAUAUUUUGAUUGGCAAGGAUGAAUGGUAUGGUGCUGAUAGUGGCAGAUUAUCUUGGUGAGGUUUUUAGUUAUAAAUUCAAAACAUUAAUGUAAAAAUGUAAGCAGACCUACAUCUAAACAGAUACUUUCACUGUGAAUAUUUCUAUCUUAGUUCUCAAUUUUUGUCUCAAAACCAUGUCCUCUGGUGUAAAGCUAUGAAAAUGCACCUUUCAUUGGGUGACUUUCACAAUUUGUAAAUAAAUACAAAAUUCUGGAGUAGAAUAGAGACCAGAUGAACUUUUCUGAACAUCAUUGUUACUGUUAUAUACUAAUUUGAAUAGAAUCAUUUUUCAGCGAGUCAUGAUUCCUAAAUUGUCUGUCUGGGCAAGAGUGACAUUUUUGAGCUACAGCUGUCCCUGGACCAGUCAGAAUGUAGCAUUCUUAUAAAUGGUAAUCUAAUAAAUGUACCUCUCCCCCCCUUUCUGAUUCAAAACUCUGAGGUGUGCUUCUGGCACAUGACAAGCAGUGUUGACUCUGUCUUGCUUUUUAAAUGACACCUGCCUUAUGCAAUGGGUAAUCUGUAGAGGCUGUAUUCAGAGAGGGGGAUCUGACAGUAUAUAUAUAUAAAUGUAUACAUACAUACAUUAUUUGCAAUUUUGGAAGUCUAAUUCAUAGGUAGAUCCUUAAAUACAAUCAACUGACCUGCACAGCAAUAUGAAAGCCACAUGUCCAACAUGAUAAAUACACAGCAUGCAGACUGGUUGUUUACAGUAAAGAAAUGGUCAGAAUCCUUUCAUUUACUUUUUUUUUCUUUAAAUAUUGAUAAUGGAAUCUCAAAAAUAGCCAGGUUUGGGGUGAAUACAGUCUGCAGCAUCUUUUUAUCUUAACAAAGUUACUAGCUCCUUUUCUAUAUCUAAGUAACUUUGCUUCGUUAAAAUAGCAAAGCCAUAUUCUAAACUUCACCAUUAAAUGCCUGUCCCAGUACAAAUUGUUGUCUGUUUGCUCUUAUUUUUGUACCUUAUUGCUUUUAAUCUUGGUUUGGUACAAUUCAUAAUUCACAGAAAUUUCAUAUAAUUAAAGAGACACUAAAUUAGUUUUAAAAAGCAAUUUAUAUCUUUAUGCAAAAACGUAUGUCUGUCUUUGCAAACAACUGUAAGAUUACAAUAAAUCCUUUACUUUAAUCACCUGGUGUUUAUGAAACCAUUCAUUGAUUUUUUUUUGCUAGAAAUCAUUCAAUAGAUAUAAUUGGAUACAGAUGUUUUAAGAGACAGUAUUCUCUUCUCUAGAACACUUAAGCAGAAUAGCCAUCUCACCUUAACUAACCAAAUCUACAGCAAAAAAUACUGUUUUAAGCUACAAAAAAGAAAUGAAAGUAUUUUGAACUUGUUUAGAAUGAAAUAGGCAUUUGUCUCCUGCAAAAUAUAAGACAAACUCAAUGAAAUUUCAAAAUGUCUGUUUUAAAAGUGGGCUUUGCUGAUUGCGUUAAAUAAUUUUGUUGCAAGGAAACAAUGGGGAUAUACAGCAAGAACAUUGUAUACACAUUUAAAAAUGUAAAAUAGUUUUAAUGUACUGCAGCAGGUAUUUCAGGAAUACUAGAUCACAUUGUGCAACUCCUGAGUUGCACAAAAUAAGAAGGCUAAAGUUUGCAAUAUCAGAUUCUUAUUAAAAAGAUACUUUACAAUCAAGCUAAUUCACAGGGUGGUGUUUUCACUGACUUGUAUAAACAUUUAUGAAUUUAAAACAAUCUACAAUUAAUGCACUUUUAAUUGUUAAAGAUUUGACUUUUUGUAGAGCAAUGUUCUCAGCUGGAGGUCAAUGACUUGAUAAAAUAGACAGCAGUUCUGAGGUCAGUGGAAUGUUUAAGAAUUCUUGGAGUUUAAAUAGAUUUUUGGAUGAAAAAUAAAAGCAAUCAGCACUAUGGUGUAAACAGGAAAAUCUAUGCAUAAUGAUGCAUUUAUAAUUAGGGAUUUGCUUCUGUAUGGUUAAAGCUUUUUAAAUAAAUAGAAAAUAUUGUUUGGUCUUUGUUAAUGUCUGCAAGUACACUUUUUUUUUUAAUAUAAAUUGUACAAAUAUACAUGGAUUAAAAUGGUUUGAUUGCAA